AUGGCUACCACAACUACGCUCGCUACUACCUCAAAGAACGGUGGUGACGUGCCCGCCAAAUUGACCUAUAUCGAGUGGCACGACCACUACGAAACUGAGGAGCCUCAUUUUGUCCUCAAUACUCCAGAUGACCCUCCCGACGCUUAUGCGGGAAAUGUCACUUUCAAAGAGGGAGAAGAAGAGAUCAUACAUGAUAUACGAGGCCACGAGGACAAAUUCACCUUGGACAAGCAGGGAUUCGUUUUUACAAAAGCCCCUACCAGUCUCUCACCAUCCGAGUUUCUAGACGAGGAGAAAAUCAAAGAAAAGUACCUACCCGAAUGUGAAAAGUACUAUAGAGAGUAUUUCAAGGGCAUCGAUGAAGUUGUUUUUAUCCACUAUAGGGCAAGAAACAGUAUCACAGCCGAUGACCACAACUCACCUACAGGACCUGCUAGAGUAGCUCACGUUGACUUGAGUGGUCCUGAGAUCAAUGCACGUAUCCGCAAGGCUUUCCCGGACAGAGCGGAUUUUAUUCUUCGUGGUCGAGUACGCCUCGUCAAUCUAUGGCGCCCUAUCAACGGACCUCUCCAGAAUUGGCCUCUCUGUGUCGCCGACUGCAAUAGCAUCCAAGAAAAGCAUCUGGUGGCAACCAAACGUAUCCGCAAAACACACCAGGCAGUCACCAGACUCGUGGUGCACGAACCAACUUUGAAGUGGUACUAUCAAUCUGGAAUGGAAGAUGACACUCUUCUGGUAUUGAAGAACUAUGAUUCGGAGGAUGGUGUUGCAAAAUAUGUACCGCAUUGCUCCUUCUCACUUCCAACCGCUACUGCAUCAACACCGCCUCUGGCACAACAGAUGGAAGUACCUUGUCAGAGGAUGAAAGUGACCGAAACUAACGGUUUAAUACUGCCGGGUGCUCGAGGUGUUCAAAAACUCAAAUCGCCGGCAGAGAUGGCGUCUUCUAGUAUUCAUAGCAUAGCUCUUGGAGAUAAGCGAUUGCAGAUGGAUUUGACUCCCGGGGUGUUUUGGCAAUUCGUCCCAACCAGCAUCGACCUAGAUGCGCGAGGACACUUUCGAGAGUAUUCUUGGUGUGACAAAAUCUUUGAGGAUCCCAGCCUCCAGCCUGUUUUGACAGUGAACCAGCACUCGUGGUCAGAUGUACCCUCGACCUUCAUGUGGCAAGCUCUCGGCUUGCCAGGCGCAAUUACAGCAGCCCAGUCCUUCUGCAAAGGGAGCAUGAGCCCUCCAAAUCAUAGCUUUGUGGAAGGCAGAACUGAACUAUGGACUUUGUAUUGCUUUGGCAGGGCAGUGGAGAGCUUUUUGCACGUCGCCCACGGGGGGUUUCUUGCCAGUCUGCUUGACCAGCAGACAGGCUCUAUUGUUAUUACGUAUCCUGUGUCGACAAAUCCUCGCACUCUAUCCAGCACAAUCAGAUACCACAAGGCCUUAAUCACACCAGGUGCCGUCCUAUGUCGUGCGUGGAUUAGCAAAGUAGAAGGUCGGAAAGUGUGGGCAAAGGCUGUGUUAGAGGACGGUAAGGGAGAAACUAUUGCGGAUAUGGAAGCUUUGUGGAUUUUUCUAAAGCCUAGUUUGUAA